UUGGAUGUGGCUCUAUCCAGUCGGAGGUCUGGGCUGAAGCGGGGGGGUGGCUCUCGAGCGACUGGACACGCCUCUCACUACUAUAGCGGGAAUCUGAAGGCUGGACGCACAGUCUCGGAACUUCUCCUCCGCCUUGGAGACAGAUGACCCAAGCGCUCCACCAUGCUGCUCUUUGAGUCCGCUCGCGUCGUUUGGACCGGACAGGCUUCGCUGCAGCUCGCCUGGCGCGCUCAGAUGGGAAUGAUGCCCUCGUUGAUACGCACGAGCCGUGUUUGGUGGGGAUUGGUGGGAUUUCAUUGCUAACAGCUGGGCAGCAACUCCUCGCUGGAAACAUGGGGAACACACUUUGGUGGAAGUUUGUGAGAAUUCUUCUGCUGUGGAGGCUGACCGAGGCGCAGGCAGGCUCAGAUGGCGAGAUCACAGCAGAAGAGCAGGUACAGAUGCUGCUGGAAGCCAGACUGCAGUGCCUCCAGACAGUUUCUGGCCAUGACCUCGCAGUGGACGAGUGUCCUCCAGAGUGGGAUGGUCUGAUCUGCUGGCCGCAGGGGUACCCUGGAACUCUAACCAAAGUGCCCUGUCCCAGAUACAUCUACGAUUUCAACCAUGCAGGCCAUGCCUACAGGCGAUGUGAUUCCAAUAGUUCUUGGGUGCUUGGCGAGAGCUUGAAUAAGACAUGGGUCAAUUACACAGAGUGCAUCAAGUCCCCUGGACCAAACAGAGAUCGACAAGUCUUUUUCGAGAGGCUUCAUAUCAUGUACACCGUGGGCUACGCUGUGUCCUUCGGGUCCUUACUGGUGGCCAUCCUCAUCAUUGGAUAUUUUAGGCGCCUGCACUGCACACGGAACUACAUCCACAUGCACUUGUUUGUGUCCUUCAUGCUGAGAGCUGUUAGCAUCUUCGUGAAGGACCGGGUGGUGCACACCAGCUCCGGCCUGCAGGAGUUUGACGCCGUGCUGAUGAAUAACUUCACUAAUGCGGUGGACGUGGCACCAGUGGACACCUCGCAGUAUAUGGGUUGUAAGGUGACCGUCCUGCUGUUCAUCUAUUUCCUGGCAACAAACUACUAUUGGAUCCUGGUGGAGGGCUUGUACCUGCACAGCCUUAUCUUCAUGGCCUUCCUGUCAGAUACUAAAUACCUAUGGGGCUUCACUUUGAUUGGAUGGGGUGUUCCUGCACUCUUUGUAUCAGCCUGGGCGAUCGUCAGGGCAACAGUGGCCGAUUCAAGGUGCUGGGAGCUGAGUGCAGGAAACAUCAAAUGGAUCUACCAGGUCCCUAUUCUGACAGCCAUCGGGCUCAACUUCAUCCUAUUUGUGAACAUCGUGCGGGUGCUGGCGACCAAAAUCCGGGAGACCAACGCUGGAAGAUACGACACACGAAAACAAUACAGAAAGCUGGCGAAGUCCACGCUGGUGUUGGUGUUGGUGUUUGGGGUACACUACAUCGUAUUUGUGGGGAUGCCACACACCUUCAAAGGACUGGGCUGGGAAGUGCGCAUGUACUGUGAGCUCUUCUUCAACUCCUUCCAGGGCUUCUUUGUGUCCAUAAUCUACUGUUACUGCAAUGGAGAGGUCCAGACAGAAAUUAAGAAGACGUGGACACGCUGGAACCUGGCCUUCGACUGGAAGGGUCCGGUAGUGUGCGGCAGCUACCGCUAUGGCUCCGUGCUGACUGGCCUCAACAACAGCACCAGCAGCCACUCCCAACUGGCCGCUGGAGGUCCAGCUACUCGCUCCACCAUGUUGUUCUCCAGCCGGGUUUACCGCAGCACCGGAGCGCCCUCUAUCAGCGCUCAUGCCUCACUGCCCGGCUACGUAGUCAGUAACUCAGACGUAGACAGCCUGCCGCCCUCCAUACCUGAGGAGUCGGAGGAUAGCGCAAAGCAAGUGGACGAUAUCCUGCUGAAAGAGACGCUGCCCACACUGCCCAGCAAUGGGCCGGAGGAUGAUGAGGAGACACUGUAGAUAAUGAGGGUAUCAAGGAAAGUUGAUACUGUUGAUCUUACAUGCUGACAGGGAUGCCAAUGAAUGCGCAUCUGGACUGAGCUGGACAGGUUUGAACCCCUUUAAGGAAUGCUGUGAUGUUUUACUUGUUUUUUUGUGAAACUACUGACCUUUUGAUGGGAUCUUCUAGAAAUUUCAGGGUCCACUGUGAAAAUAAAUGGGAAGUCAUGUGAAAAGUUGACUGGCUUCAUAUAUACUUAGGAAGAUCUUUGAAACCUUCAUAAGCCAGCACAACCCAGCAGGAAUGAACAAGAUAACAUUCAGAACUAGAAGACCUUAAACCCUUAGAAGUCAAGAGUUAUUAGCUUCAUGUUGCUUUUCUAUUCAAACAUAAUUGUGUAAUUACUGAGGUAAUGACAUAGUUACAAAACAUUACACGUACAUUCCGCAUCAAAACGUCUGCAUUUGUGACUGUUUUCCAUUUCAAUUGACAAAAAAGUAAAAAACGACUGUUCAUGUCGUUUCUGUUUAUAACUGUUUAGUUAUAUAUUAAAAAUAAAUGCUACAACCAUGUAACUACAUACUAAUGACAGUCAUUGUUACAGAUGGAUUACAGUAGGUUGGCUUGUGUAAUACAAGUAUAUCAACUUCAUAUUUUCUCUUUUGUAAUUACACAUGUAAUAGGCUGAAGGUAGUUAAAAUUCUAUGAUUUGCUGUUUUUUCAAUUCUUUCUAAUGUCCAGCUGUUGUAGUAGCCUUGGCUAAAACAGCAGUUCAUCCUGUUACACGUGUCAUUACAUAUGAAAUGGUUACUAUCAAUUUAUAUCAAGAACACUUAAUUACAUGAGUAAAAACUGAAGUUAAUACACGUGCCUAUUUACAUUAGCUCUAUGGCUGUAGUCCAUCUGUAACAGUAAAUACAUCAGUAGUUACAUUGUUAUUGCAUGCAUUGUUAAUGUGUAACUACACAGUUAUUAGUGACUAAAUAAAGCAGGACCACAAAUUUAACUUGCAAACUCUUCUAAUUGCAAACACAAAAGUGGUGUGGAGUGAAUGUGUGGAAUCUGCACUUGUUUGAAUGUGACACAAAUGAGAAAUCAUUUAAAAUAGGGUUGUUUGCAUCAAAGGUUCAUGGUUAGUUGAUGGUUACCUGCCAGUCCAGUUCCUCUGAUGUCCAUCUUCCAGUUGUAGUUUCUUAAACCAGUGAUUCUCAGCCUAUUUUGGCCAUGCUUGCCGCCUCCUUGUAGAGCAGGGUUCCUGGAGGGCCUGCUUCCAAACACACCUGAUUUCACUCAACUCAUAGCAUGCAGGUUUAGUGGGUGUGUUUCAGCAGGGAAAUCACCAAAUCGUGCUGGACACCGGGCCUCCAGGACCAGAUUUGUGGUGCCCUGAUUUAGAGCAGCCGUCUUAUUUUCCCACUGAGGACGUGAACUUCAUAGUGCCAGUAGAUUAGCUCUGCUAAAUCCACACUGCAGCUACCAACCACCCAGAAAACAUCACCACUGAUCACAUCCUGAAGCUGUAUUAAUUGCUUUUUGAGUUACAGUUAAAUCUAUGUUCCUAUUAACUCCUAUUUAAAACGGCCUUCACAAAUAGAUUCAACCAUAAGUAUAGGGCCUAUUUUCCAACAUUCAAUUGAUGCUUGGGUGGAUUCAGAUACCCAAUCAUUCACACACAGUCUUCCACCUCCUUCUGUCGGCUCAGAAUGGUGUACAUAGUCAUAGAACUCCUGUAGCUUGUUUUCUGAUUGGUGAAACUGGGGGUGCUAUGAAUUACCCCCAGUGGUCCAGUUGCGAUCUUUCAAAUCAUUUUUACAUGAUCUGUCUUUACACCGUAGGAUUAAUCAGGCUGUUUUUUUACUGCGCCUGCAGGACUGAUAUUUGUACAUUCGGAUCAAGUGUUCUUUAUUGUUCCUCUAUCAAAAGCAGCCCUAAAACACUAACUUCAGUGUGAGAGGGCGGAGCUAAACGGCAGUAGGUUGACUAAGCGGGUUUGUGUAAAUUGUAAAGCGUUUCUUCGCAAAAACCAGUGAAUUUAAAACAUGCUGUGUUUUUAUGGACUGUACAGCCACAUUUACAUAUCACUUUUGUUUCUAGCAAGUGAGCAAAAUUUGGUUUUCCAUGCAAUGAGACCUUUAAAUGAAUUCAACUUAAAAAAAAAAGAAAGAAACUGAAGAACUGCAUGCAUAGAAGAAAAUAUAUUGCACUAAAAUGUAGAAUUUUUAUUUUGAAAAAG